UCUCUUCCCCGUUCCCUCGUAGUUGAAGUCCAGAACUUCAACCGAGCAGCCGAUACCGAAGGAGAGCUUCUUUUAGUCUCAUAAUCUAGGGUUUAAUUCAUAUUUCCUACUCUACUUUUCUUGAAAUUUAAUAAUUUAAAAUUAAAACAUAGGUUUUAUUGCCUUAAUUCAAUAGAAAUUGUAUCAGAUUGUCUCCAAUGGUGGAACAUCAACCCCUUUCUGUAAAAGAUGCUGUUCACAAGCUUCAAUUGUCCCUCCUUGAAGGCAUCUGCAAUGAAGACCAGCUUUUCGCCGCGGGCUCUCUCAUGUCUCGGAGUGAUUACGAGGACGUCGUCACCGAGCGACAUAUCACCAAAGUCUGCGGUUAUCCUCUCUGCAAAAACCCUCUAUCCUUGGAGAGACCCCGAAAGGGUCGCUACCGCAUUUCCGUCAAAGAGCACAAGGUCUACGAUCUGCAAGAAACUUAUAUGUAUUGCUCGUCCGGUUGCCUCGUCAACAGCAGGGCUUUCGCGGGAAGCUUGGCGACUGAGAGAUGCUCGGUUUCCGAUUCUAGCAAGAUUAACGAGGUUUUGAGGUUGUUUGAGGAUUUGAGUUCGAAAGAUAAGGAGAUUUUGGGUGAGGAGGGGAAUUUAGGAUUCUCGAAGUUGAAGAUUCAGGAGAAAGAGGACGUGAACGUGACUGGGAAUGUCUCGUUGGAAGAUUGGAUUGGUCCUUCCAAUGCAAUCGAAGGCUAUGUUCCGAAGAACUGUGGUUCUAAACAUCUCGAGGAAGGGUCUAAACAAAAAAUUGCCAAAUCAAAGAAAGGAAAAGACAAGGUGGCGAAAGAGAUGGAUUUCAAGAGUACUAUCAUCAUAGGGGAUCAAUUUAAAAUUCCAAAAGCACCUGCUGCUUCUAAUGGGUAUGAACAAAAUCUUGGAAAAUCAAAAUCGGGUGAAAGCAGUUGUGUCCCAGAAGAGUGGCUAAGCAUUCUCAACCCAUCUCCUGCUCCAGAGAAGAGUGGUUCUGGGAUAACUGUUAAAGAAUCAGAAGGGGAAAUUAGUGGUAAUGUCCUAAAAGAUCAUGGUAUCCCGGGAAAGACUUUGUCUGGCCAAAAUGUAUCUGAUACAAGUGGUCAAGAAACAAAAAUAAAGUUAGAUGUUGGAAAAACAAUUCAAUCUGGUGAAACCGCAUUGAAAUCAUCCAUUAAGCCUCCAGGUGCAAAGAAGUUAACUCGCAAUGUUACAUGGGCUGAUGAGAGAGAAAGCGGUAAAGUGGGCAAUGACAAUCUUGUAAAGAUAGCAGAAACACAAGAAACUGCUGUUAGAUCAGAUGGUUCAAAUGUGGAGGAUGAAGAUUGUACUUUAUGUUUUGCAUCUGCAGAAGCCUGUGCUAUUGCAUUGAGCCAGGCAGCAGAAGCUGUUGCUUCUGGUGAAUCUGAUGUGUUUGAUGCUGUUUCUGAUGCUGGAAUAGUUAUCAUGCCACAUCCUCCUGAUGCUGAUGAAGGAGAUACUCAGGGGGAGGUAGACGUGCUUGAAUCUGAGAGGAUUCCUUUCAGGUGGCCAAGAAGGCGUGUUGAUUUAGAUCCUCAAUUUUUUUAUUUUGAGGAUAUCUUGUCUGAACCACCAGACGGCUUUAGUAUGAGUUUAUCACCAUUUGGAACAAUAUGGAUGGCUCUGUUUGGAUGGAUAACAUCAUCUACCCUGGCUUAUAUAUAUGGAAGGGAUGAAAAUUCCCAUUUAGAGUUUCAGCUGGUAAAUGGGAAGGAGUACCCCUGCAAAGUUGUCUUUCGUGAUGGGCGGUCUUAUGAGAUCAAGGAAACUCUUGCUAGUUGUCUUUCUCGUGCAUUGCCUGGGCUUGUUGCAGAUGUCAAUUUACCAACACCGAUAUCUACUUUGGAGCAAGGAAUGGGCUGCUUACUUGAUACAAUGACAUUUGUGGAAGCAUUACCAUCGUUAAGAAUGAAACAGUGGCAUGUAAUUGUCUUUUUAUUUGUUGAUGCUCUAUCAGUCUGUAGAAUGCCUGCGCUUAAUCCACUAGUGACAAGUAGGAGGAUGCUACUACAGAAGGUGCUGGAUGGUGCCCAGAUAAGUGGAGAAGAGUAUGAGCUUAUGAAGGAUCACAUCUUGCCACUUGGGCGCCUGCCCCAGUUUUCCACCCAAAGCGGUGGCUGAUGGAAGGCAAAGUAGGAAUUACGGAUGAUAUCCUAGUUUUGCUGCAGGCCUUGUAUUCUAGUGAUGUUAGUAUUUUUACCAAUGUACAGGACAUUGGUAAAAAUUGAGUAGAUGGAAAUUGAGUAGAUGGAAUUACGGGUGCCUAUGCAAUUUGCUCUUACCGGACAAUCUUCAGCAAAAAUUGAGUAGAUGGAAAUCUACUUCUUGCCUAUUGCAGUUUGGGGGGGCGGGUUCUUUUGUUAGCAGUGGCAUAGUGGAGGAAGCUGAAAAGGGUUUUGUUAUAUUAAUAGACAAUACGAUAAGCCCGUUUGGGUGGACAAAGACGUGUAUACUUUUCAUAAUCUGAAGUUAUUGUUUGCCUUUAUGCAUAAAAAAGGGGAUUUUCAUUUACCCCCACAUCAUAAA